GCAACAACAAAAAUUCGAACAAAUCAAUAAAACGGAAACGUGAGAGAGCGCUGCGCAAAAGAGAAAAGAAAAGCGAACGCAAUCGCCAUCGACCAACGCAUAGAAGAAAACAAGCCGCCUGCCAGCCAAAGCCAAGAAUUCCACAUUUACACAACACACACUGCACUGCCACAUUCCCAAGUAAAGCUGCCAUGAGUUAAGAUCAAGAUGCGAGUCCAGGAUCUGCCGCUUGCCAUCGCUUUAAUCGGCGCUUGUAUGCCGCUAACCGCCGCCUGCUCCUCGCGUGCCAUCGCCAAGCCGCGGCCAACAGCUGCUCCGAUCCUGCCGCCGGAUAAUGUAGAGAUAUCCACGACGCCCAGGCCAAAUGUCACCUUUCCGACCUUCGUCUGUCCACCGUCGUUCGAUGCGUGGUAUUGCCUGAACGAUGGCACCUGCUUCACGGUGGUGAUCCACAACGAACAUCUGUACAAUUGCGAGUGUGCCAUGGGUUUUAUGGGCCCCAGGUGCGAGUUCAAGGAACUAGAUGGCUCCUAUCUGCCCACCAGGAAUCGGGUGAUGCUGGAAAAGGCCAGCAUUGUGAGCGGAGCCACGCUGGCCCUUCUCUUUAUGGCCAUGUGCUGUGUGAUCUUGUACCUGCGACACGAGAAGCUGCAGAAGCAGAAGCUACACGACAGCAACACGACGACCACCACGGAUGGUGGUUGCCAGAACGAGGGAAUGGACGAGGUUGAUGGCUUGCGACCCCUGCGCCCAGUGAGGCGUCCUUUUGGCCCCUGCCGCAUCCUAUCCCUGGAGGAGGCCCACCUACAAGCAGCGGCCUCCAACCGCCCCAGGCACUGCAACUAAAACCCACGCUAACUAAUAAGCCGAGCCGCAAAUUGGUUUUUUUGAAUGUCUAACAUCUUAAAUUUUUAACUGCUUAACGAAACUAUUAUUUUAACUAUUGCCUUGAUAUGACGAAUGCCUUAGCUAUAAGUUCCAACUGACGUUUAGACAAGUAUUAACGAACGAAAACUGUUUGCUCAGAGAGAGAAAAAAGAAAACUAGAGAUAAUGCAAUGCAAUUUCGGCAGUUAGCCACCCAUUUAUUUAUUAUACACCUAACUUUAUUAAACGACGCGUAAACUAUUAACGUUAAUAAAAGCGAGAACUAAAAACAA